UGAUGCAGACGCCGUGGGCAGAGAGCAGAUAUGAGCAGCACAGUCUCCUGUGUCUCAACCGCUAACGAGGUGCGCUUAUUAACCUCUGUAAAGCACGUUUGCACCCCCGUGGGAGCCGCAUAAGCAUGGAGACGGCCCAUAAUGGAAGGGACUCGGUCCAGUACUUGGGCCGGGUCGUGCCCUUCACCAUCGACCCGGGCCUUCUAGUGCUCAGUUACGCCGUCAGUCUGGUCGGAGCAGCUGCGACGCUCGAGCUGAUCCACCGUCGUACUUCAAGGAGAGGCUACUACAACAACCUCCUUCUCCUGGGCGCUGCCAUCUCAAUGGGAGGUGUGGCCAUCUGGAGCAUGCACUACAUCGGAAACCGCGCCACGACUCUGUUAGAAGGCGAACCGGAGCUUCAUGUCGUCUACUCACCUCGGGUCACGGUCGCGUCUUUUUUCCUCCCGAUCUUCGUCUUGCUGGUCGCCUUCUUCGUGGUGACAGGCGCCAGCGGCAAUGACGGCCGGGUCAGUUGGUGGCGUGUCUGCGCCUCUGGAGCGCUCUCCGGAGGUGCUAUUUGCGGCAUGCACUACCUCGGCAACGCCUCUGUCAGCAACUACCACUGCGACUACCGCACUUCUUCCGUUGUGGGGUCCGUCAUCAUCUCCGUCGUUGCUAGCACUGCUGCCCUCGCCCUCUUCUUUGUCUUCCGGAGCGCCUGGGCAAAUUCGUGGUGGAAGCGAAGCGGAUGCGCCGUGGUGCUGGCCGGUGCCGUUUCGGGGAUGCACUGGUGUGCCGUCAUGGGCACCAGCUGGACUCUGAUACAUCUCACCUCGAACAACGACUUCAAUUCCCGAAACAAAACCGUUAUCGUUACAGCCUGUCUCUCUCUCUCUGCCUGUCUGGUCAUGGCCGGCCUCGCCAUCUAUUCGGCGCGAGUGCGGAAGGGCUACGCGGAUAGGGCGCGGACCAUCACACUAGCGUCCGCCGUCUUUGACGAGCAUGGGAGGAUUAUGGUGACGCCGGAUGGCUUCCUGCCGAGCGAAGUGGUCACGAGUACCUUUUUGCAGAAGAACCAAAAUGAAGUCUUCUCCACUGCCCACCCAUUGUUCCAGUGGCUAUUUCAGGCAUCCCGGAGCUGGCCCAGCCUAAGUCCUCUUCUCGACAAGAUGAACCAUCACCUGGCCAGCCUCCCGCACCAUGGACGCAAUGUGAGGACGGGCAUCGAGUUAGUGAACAAGGAAGGGCUCAUUAUCGACAAUUAUGACACUAUCUUUUGCGAGCUUUUCUGUCUCGCCGCCUCGGCCCUGGCCCAGCAGACGAACGAGGGUCUCCUCGAGGCUGGCAUACUGUGGGACGAGAUUCUUUCCACUGGCGGCCACCCUACCGCGGGCUCCAUCAGCAACGCGUCAGCAUCAUCGCGCUCGCGCGACUCUGUGGUACAAGACGCCGACGACUUGGCGGAGAAGGGCUCUGCUCCGAACAACCACGACGGGAAUACUAGUACUAGUAAUCACGGUCACCUCAUGUUCCUGGUCCGCAGGGUGGACAGCACCCACGCGGAUCAGCUCGCCGCCUCCGGUUACUGCUUUGCCGACCGCGACCAGGUCGCCCCCCUGAUCCGCUCCAAGAUGCGGAUCCGGACCGCCAAGUUUGGAGAGAAGCUGCAUCAUAUGGAAGGGUACGCACGGGGGACUAUGUUGGAUCCCGGCGUCCACGUUGGGCUGUUCGCGGUUAGGACCAAGGUGCACCAGACAGGAUUUGACGUGUUGGUUCGGAGCCAGGCCCGGAAUCUCCUCCCCAGCGUGGAGCUGCCUUUGGACCGUCUCGAGCCCUCGCAUGCCGAAUUCCUCCAAAGACUGGAUGGGAUGACGCUCGGCGCUCUUAUCCAGCAACUCGAGCACGAUGUUCAUGCGGUGUCUCCACGCGAUGCAAAUUUUGCUGGGCUCUUCCGGGACGCGAUCCGGAAGCUCCGGGAAUCGAUCCAGAAUCCCAUCUUCGACGGCGCUAAGUUGGCGGGGUUUUCCCAGCUGCCUUGCACUCCACCAAAUAACACUACCCGGCCAUCAACCUGCGCCCUCAUUGCCUUCACCAUCAUCAUACCCAUCCACCUCCGCGUCCAUACGAGCAAUACUCCGGCGUAUGAAUUUAUCCCGCUCUCCUUCCUCAAGACGCAGCAGCUCGUCUACAAGAACUCACCCCACAGUGCCGCCUUCGCGCGAAUAGUACACCGCAACAUGUCACCCAUCCUGGACUCGGCAGUCUACGACAGCACAGGUCCAUCAUCUAGUACUAACCAAGCAGGCAAACCCCUCUCGAUGCCCAGUCCACUACACUUCCUACGCUCCGGCCGACUGGCAUCCCGAAGCCGCCCGCCGAACCAACACCGCACUGCCCCCGCAAAGCUGGUAUCGCCGAGCCGGGAGCACAUGGCCCUAACGCCCUCUAAUUCAAGCCUCGCCUCACUCCCGCUGUACAGCGCCCACGGCCACCGCGAGACAGAGCACACCAAGGGCCCGAGCAAAUCAGCCGAAUUUACUGCGGAUAGGCCCCGGCCGGUCAAGAUGUCCUCCUUCGGCGGCAUCAUGAUCUCGCAGGAAGUGACCGUCGACGUCCAAGAGACGGGGAAUAUUCCUAUGAUUCCCACCGACAGCAACAAUACUAGUAACAAUGAGGACAAUAACAAUAACAACAACAACAACAUCUCCGCUCCGGAGUUGGUGGCGGUGCAGGCGCCGCCCCCGGCGCACCAGCCGUACUCUGCCGCGUCCAAACAACGCGGCGUGCUGUUGAUGCAGGAUGUGGCGGACGCGGGCAACCAGAUGGUGCCCCAGUUUGAUCGCGCCAUUGAGCUGCGCGAGGUCUCGCCGCUUCUGGGACUGGGCAUGUCCAAGGUCGAGGUCAAGAAGGAGGACGGCGAUGACGCGGCGGCGACGUGGGUCGAUGCUUUGUUUGCGAGGUGUUUGCAUUAGUAAUGACUCAGUACGUGACGCUUGUUGGAGUUGGACAUGAGUUUGUAAGAUAACUUGAACCUAAUAAGUGCGUGCUGGUGCUACCACUCAGGAGAAAAGGGGGAAAAGGUUGGGCGUUGGGGAUAGAGUGUAUGAUGGAAUGCAGAGUUAGGUACUCUGAUGGUAACCUGGGAAAUGUCAAUGUAGUGAGUUCUAGUAUGUAAGGCAGUACUGCUUAGAUAGAGAUAGACUUUAUCGAAACAAUCGAAGAGAUGUCCAAUACGAAUAAAUUGCCAUGAUUCGGCUACCAGUA